AACAGGCUGGCUGACCUGUCAUCUUAGAGCUCGAUUUUCUCUUUCAAUACAGCUCCGUUGGGAGAGAUUUUUUGUUUCUGGGUAAUCUAAUUUGUUGGGGAGAAAAGUUUGUGUUGAAAAAUUUCUGAAAAAAUCACUGCAAAACCUUCGAAUCCGGACCCAAAGUGACGGGUUCAUCAAUGCUGCGGUCUCUGCGAUGGAAUUCUCUUGGCUUUGUUUCAGGAAUAGGCACAAUUUUCUUAGAGUAUCUCACGUUCGUUUGACUACACCAGCAUUCUCAGGCCUUCAAGACCCUGAUUUAUGUACAGAGAUCCUCUUCGCUCAUGGCUGGUACCUCAAGCAAGCAAUCUCCUUUUUUUUCCUCAUCUCUAAUCCCUUUGAUGAGCCCACCACCAUUGACGAUUCUCCUUUUAGCUUCAUCCCAGCGACCAUCUCUUUCAAUUCUAACACCGAGGAAGCAAUAGUAGUCUUAACCACCAUAGCAGCUGGAACCAAUGCGGCCCUCGGCUUGGCUUGGGAAGUUAUGACACUUCGGUUCUCCAUCAUUUCCGGUAGUCUAGUGGUGCUGGACUCUAGAUGUGGGCUACUUGGUUUGAUACUAUGGAAAUGAUGCUUGGUUUGACCAUGAAAAAGA